AUGUGGUUCUCUCAAUUAGCUUCGACAGUCCUGGGCCUGGCCCUUACUGCGAGCGCCGCCAGCUCGACGUGGCAGGACACUGAUAUCAAGAUGCUUCCGCUGCGAACCCAUAGCUUAACCUCGCCCUACCUGGACUCGGAUAUGCACAGCCGAUGGUGGGAUUUUGGAGGAGACACCGUGAUUCGCACCGACCAAUACGUGCGCCUCACCGCGGACCGACAAUCCCAGCAAGGCUGGAUAUUCUCGCGCGUCCCUCUCACUGCUACGAACUGGGAGAUCGAGGUCGAGUUUAAGCUCCAUGGAGAAGGCCAUCUGCAUGGAGACGGAUUUGCGCUUUGGCUUACCAAACAACGUGCCACGCCUGGCCCUGUCUUCGGCUCUACGGACAACUUUGAAGGACUCGGCAUCUUUUUUGACACCUACAAGAACAACAGACCUGGUACCUCAUUCCCAUAUGUGAUGGCUAUGUUGGGUGAUGGCCAAACGUCAUACGACAAGGCCCAUGACGGCAAGGCCAAUGAACUGGCAGGCUGCUCGGCUCGUGGUAUCCGCGAUGCGUCAGUGCCGACAAAGGCACGGUUGACCUAUUUCCAAGACAAAUCACUUAACCUCGACCUUCAAUACAAGUCGGACAAUGCCUGGAUCAACUGUUUCUCGCUCACUUCCCCCGAGUCCAACUUCAACAUCCCCUCCGUCGCAUACCUCGGAUUCUCCGGUGAAACCGGCGAAGUGACCGACAGCCACGAGAUCAUCUCGGUCAACACCCACAACUUGUAUGACCACACCGGCAACGGUCCCGUCCGACGCGGCUCAAAAGGCAGUGGCCGCGGUGGACGUUCGGCGUCCAAGAAGAAGAAGUCUGGUAGCUGGACGUGGUUCUUUUUCAAAUCAUUCCUCUUCGUGGGUGCAAUUGUCGGUUCUUAUGUCGGUUACACGGUUUAUAGGAGCCAGAAGAGACAGUCCAGAUUCUAG